UGCUCCUGGCGCUUAUGCCUAAAAUUGUUUUAGGCGCAUUCUUCUGUGAUGAAAGAUGGUACUUAUGGUGUAAAAAAAAUCGGGGCAUUGCCAUGUAGGGGAGCCAAAGCAAAUUCUUGUUACGAGACUGAUUUGAGAUAUUUGCAAUGGUAACAACUCCAACUCAUGUAAUGUAAUGUCUUGGUGGCCAUUUCCAAAGCUUACAAAUUUUUUAUUUCCAUAGAUAGGUCCGUAUUUGGUGGCACAAUUAUAAAGGUGAAAUAUUGAUGUGAACUUGUGAAGUAUGUGGUGCUAUGGUAGACAUUACUUCUUUUGAGAAAACAAAUCUUGCCUUGCUAAAAAGAACAUCAUUGGCGACCUAAGAUUGACCCCACAUUUGAUUUCAGUACCAAGGAUCCAGUCGAAAUGAACCAUUUACCAGUCAAGUCAAGCCAAAAUUAUUGGUUGAUGAACCUCUUCCCACCGACCCAACUUAGGAGUCUGCUGCAUUCAUGCAUGCCAAAUGCACAGGGGUGCUAUUGACCAAGGUUCGGCUAGGCGUCGACUAGGCGUCGACUAGGCGCGAUUAGGCGCUAGGCGAAGCCCGUCGCCUCGACUAUGGCCAUAGUCGCGCUUCCAGGCGCUGGGCGGCGCGGAGUCGGCGCUGGGCGGCGCGGAGGCGGGCGCGAGCACGAGCGCGGCCAAUUUAGCGCGCCAAAUCGGAGAGCGGGAGAAUUUCCCGCGCGGCCAGGCGCGCGCUGCCACGAAACGGAGGCGCGGGAGAAUAGAAGGGAGCGCGGCGACCUCCCUGCUCCUCCAAUCUCUUCCCCUGCUCCUCCAAUCUCUUCCCCUGCUCUCCUCCAAUCUCUUCCCCUGCUCAUCCCCGAGGCGCCCCCCGCUGGUCCUGCUCCUCCUCCCGCCGGUCCUGCUCCUCCCCUGCUCCUCCAAGUUCGUCCCCUGCUCUUCCCCGACGUGCCGCCGCUGCCCUGCUCGUCCUCGACUGGAACACUUCCCCACCGGCCACCCCAAGUCCCCAAGGACACUGGAUCAACAGAAUCUGAAGCUGACCAUGCUGAAAUUGAGAGAUUGGAAGAGCAUGCUUCUGCUUUGAGAAAGGAAAUUGAAAGCAAAAACAAGCAAGUAAAGCUCCUCAUGGAUCAGCUCCGUGACCUAAUAACUGACGUAGCAAUGUGGCAGAGCCCUUGCUCAGUGUGAAGUGCCAAGUUAGGCAGUGUUUGCUUGGGUGCAUGGAGGUGGAUGGGAUGAAUUAUUCGGGAUGGUUGGAUAAUGGAUGAAACAAUUAUGUAUGAGAUGAUUGCUUGGUUACCUGUGUUUUUUGUUUGGAUGGCUGCAUGGAACAGUAUGAAUUAGUACAAUAUCAGGUUUGGUUGCUUGUAUGGAUCAUCCAAGCAUACAUGUAUGACAUAUAAAUGCAACAACAAUUGAUAAUAAUAAAAUUAAAUUAAGCAA